AUGCCCGAGCCCCCGGCUCUCCACGCCGACGCCUCCAUGCUCACCCGGCGCUUCGGCAAGGAAAUCAUAAACUACUACGCGGGCAGCCGCCUCAACCGCUACUCCUUCCUCCGCUCCGACGCCGUCUUCCUCGCCGCCGCCGCCGCCAGCCCCGCCGCCCGCUUCAUCGUCCUCAGCAACCUCGCCCCGCUCGUCGCCGCCGGCAACCGCCAUCUCGCCCACCUCCCCUUUGACCGCGUCAGGCCCCUGAUAGGCCCCGACCCCUUUGCCUUGAGCGACGCCCGGGCCGUCGACUACUUUGACUCGUCGGCGCCGCCGAAGCCGCUGGUUGUCUUUCUCGGCACCGUCGAGGGCGGCCAUGAGGCCGUUGACCUCGACACGUCCGACUUUGGCGUCGUUCGUGCCCAGCCCAUUUUCGCCGUUGAUGCGACGCCCAGGGGCGCCGGCGCCGGCGCCGCGGCGGCCUUUCUGAAGCAGCAUGAGGCCGAGGGUCUUUCGCUGCAGACUGACGUGAGGAGCAUGGUCCUCAACUCCGAAGCCGACUGGAACACCCGCAACCCCUUCUGCGCCGGCUGUGGCGGCCCCAACCUCUCCGUCGAGGCCGGCUACAAGCGCGUUUGCCCCCGGACGGACCGCAAGGGCGGCUCCGACGCCCAGCCCCGCGCCGACUGCCCCACGCGCCACGGCGUCUCCAACCUCUGCUUCCCCCGCUCCGACCCCACCAUGAUUGCCGCCGUCGUCUCCGCAGACGGCCAGCGCAUCCUGCUCGGCCGCCAAGCUCGCUACCCGCCCGACUGGUACAGCACCCUCGCCGGCUUCCUCGAGCCCGGAGAGUCCGUUGAGGAGGCUGUGCGCCGUGAGGUCUGGGAAGAGGCCGGCGUCAGGGUCGGCAGGGUCGUCAUCCACUCCACCCAGCCCUGGCCCUACCCGUCUACCCUCAUGCUGGGUGCCGUCGCUCAGGCGUUGCCUGGCGAGGAGGAAAUCACGCUCAACGACAAGGAACUCGAGAGCGCCAAGUGGUUCACCGUCGACGAGGUUCGAGAAGCCCUGAAGGAGACGGGCCUCCGGGGCGAGCCCGCGCCAGAGGGACACAGGGAGUCAAGAUUGCGAGUGCCCCCGCCUCAGGCCAUCGCCAAUCGCCUCAUGACUGCAGUAGUAGAGGGAUAUUUGACAGGAAUCCCAAAGAUAUGA